AUGUCUCACAUCGAACCACCCAUUCCUGACAAUUUUCCUCUGCUGCCUGCUUUUUCCCUUCCAGCUACGCUUAUCAAUUCCUUCUCUCGUAUCCUAUACACCACGGCAUCACUUCCCGUCACCGGCAUCCCACCCGCCCAAAAUGCCAACACAAAUCACCGCGGCCUCAUUCACCAAUAUCAAACACUGAACCUCACUAUAUUUCUUUAUCACCCACCCAAAUCCCAACAUGGCACACCUGUCCCGUUGCUUCCACAUGAUGGAUCUAUUUGCACUGAUUUUUCGUUUGCACUUCCGUCUGUUUAUAACAAUCUAUCUAUCUAUCUAUCUAUCUAUCUAUCUAUCUAUCUAUCACAUACUGCUCAUAUCUAUCUAUCUAUCUAUCUAUCUAUCUAUCUUACUCUUAAAAAGAGCAUAUGUUCCUUUACUAGAUUCUUUUUAUAUAUGUCACUCUUCUCUUCUCUGUCUAACAUUUCUAAUCUAUCUAUCUAUCUAUCUAUCUAUCUAUCUAUCUUAGUCUAUUUCUAUCUAUCUAUCUUUGUUCAUAUCUAUCUAUCUAUCUAUCUAUCUAUCUUAGUCUAUUUCUAUCUAUCUAUCUUUGUUCAUAUCUAUCUAUCUAUCUAUCUAUCUAUCUAUCUAUCUUUGUCUGUUCAUAACUACCUAUCACAUACUGCUCAUAUCUAUCUAUAG